AUGAAUAGGCAAUUCAGUUCCAAGUCUGGUGGUGGAGUCAGGACUUCCCGUGGCCAUAGUUCUUCCAGUGUUGUCAGUCCUGGUGUGAUGAAAGGCAGCUUCAGUUCAUUUUCUUUAUCCCGAGGAGGGAGAGGAAGUGUAGGCAUAGGGCUAGGUGGUGGGUUUGGUAGUAGGAGCCUCUACAGCUUGGGAGGGUCCAAGAGAACCUCCGUUGGUGUUGGGAAUGGUGGUGGUGGUAUAGGCUUUUGGAGUGGUGGAGUCAGUAGUAGAGGUGGCUUUGGUGGUGGUGGUGGCUUUGGUGGUGGUGGAUUUGGAGGAGGAGGAGGAUACGGAGCUGGAGGUUAUGGCCUUGCAUUAGGUAUGGGGGGAUAUGGUGGUGGUAGUGGAAGAAUGGGCCCGGUAGUUCCCCCUGGGGGCAUCCAGCCAGUGACUGUCAACCCCAAUCUCCUGUCACCACUCAACUUAGAGAUUGAUCCAGAAAUCCAAAAAGUACGUGUGCAAGAAAGGGAGCAGAUAAAGACUCUCAACAACAAAUUUGCAUCCUUCAUUGACAAGGUACGGUUUCUGGAGCAACAGAAUAAAGUUCUGGAGACCAAAUGGAACCUCCUGCAGCAACAUGGCAGCAUGACCACAAAAGUCGACACUGACCCACUGUUCGAGGUUUACAUCUCUAGUCUCAGGAGCCAGUUGGACUCUCUGGUGGGUGAUCGUGGAAAACUGGAUGCAGAGCUAAGAAACACUCAGGAUCUUGUGGAAGAUUAUAGAAGGAAAUAUGAAGAUGAAAUCAACAAGCGCACUGCUACUGAAAAUGACUUUGUUACUGUUAAGAAGGAUGUAGACAGUUCCUUCAAGCACAAAUUAGAGCUUCAAGCAAAAGCAAAUGGCUUGACUGAUGAAGUAAAUUUCCUGAGAGCCCUCUAUGAAGCUGAACUGGCUGAGAUCCAAGGACAGAUCAGUGACACCAAUGUUGUCCUACAAAUGGACAACAACCGAGAUCUAGACCUCAACAGCAUCAUUGCUGAAGUGAAAGCUCAAUAUGAAGACAUUGCUAAUAGGAGCCGGGCAGAGGCAGAAGCUUGGUACCAAAGCAAGUUUCAUGAACUUCAGACCACAGUUCUCAGUCAUGGAGAUGACCUGAAAAAUACCAAGAAUGAAAUUGCGGAGCUCAAUCGGCUCAUCCAGAGGCUGAGAGCAGAGAUUGAUCAUGUGAAGAAACAGAUCACCAGUCUCCAGGCAACUAUUGCUGAUGCUGAACAACGAGGGGAGUUGGCACUGAAAGAUGCCCGAGUGAAACUCAAGGAUCUGCAGCAUGCCUUACAAAGUGCCAAGGAUGAACUGGCACGUCAGCUGCGGGACUAUCAGGAGCUGAUGAAUGUCAAACUGGCCCUGGAUCUUGAGAUUGCUACCUACAGGACUCUGCUAGAGGGCGAGGAGUGCAGGAUGUCGGGUGAACUGACAAGCCCUGUGAGUAUGUCCGUGGUCAGUAGCUCUUCUACCAUAGCUGGAAGUGCUCUUGGCUUUGGACGCAGUGGUGGAGGUCGAGAGAGCAGUGGAGGAUUCAGCCUGACGGGCGGCACUGGAGGAGGAGGAGGAGGAGGAGGAAGAAGAGCUGGUGGCAGCAGCAGCAGCAGUCUGAGUCUUGGAGUGGGUGGUGGAGACACUGGUGGUUCUGGAGGUGCUGGUGGUUUUGGUCUGAGUAGUGGGAUCAUGACUGGUGGAAGUCACUAUAGUUCUGGAGGGUUUGCAGGGGGACUGGGUGUUGGAGGAGGAGGAGGAGGAGGAGCAGGCAGGAGCUCCUCAAGCACAAAAUAUGUCUCGACAUCCGUCUCAUCAAGCAGGAAAGUGGUCAGCUAAGAAAGGAAAUACACUCAAUCAGGCUCAGCCAAUUUUUGGAAAAGCUCAGUUCUAAUUGCCAGCAGCAACCUCCAACUGCCAAGUGAAUUGUGUUUCUUAUUCCUGAGAAGUUAUUUGAUGACGGAAAUCAUACCCCAAUGCCAAAUGAUAGCAUGAGGGCGUAAGGUGACUAUUUACG